AUGUCUACCCGCACUCUGCCCACAGUGCCCUUUGCAUCUCUGAUGAGUUUCAACCACAGUUUCCAUGGUGCACCCCAGAUCAAGGAUGCAGAGAGGGAGAUUGAGCUGACAGAGAAGGUGGGAGGGUGGGUCAAUUUGACCUGUGAGGUGAGAGGUGUGCCCAGACCCUUCGUCACAUGGAGCAUCUCUGGCAGUCAGAGUUGGCGUGAGGUUGUUAAAAGAGAGACGGAGGACCAGGUCUACAGUAUUGUGGUGCUUAAAGUUAGCACUGAUACACUUGCGAUCUGCAAUUCAACAAAUGACUUUGGGAUUGAGAUCAAAGCGUACAAUAUCAGGAGCAUUCCAUUCUCUCAGACUCCCACAGCGAGAAAAACUUCAGUGGAUAAUAGUGGUGUGAUUAUUGUGGUCAUUAUUGUAAGCAUCCUGUUGUUGGCCAUCCUGGGCAGCGUCUUCUACUUCCUGUAUAAAAAGGGCAAGUUACCGUGUGGACGUUCAGGCAAGCAGGAAAUCAUUAAUACCUACAGCACCAAGGAGAAGACCAAUAAAGAUGACAUUGUCGUAGAGAUGAAAGCCAACAAAACGGAAGACUCUGUGCUAUUAAAGGUCGUCAAUGGAGACAAAAAACCACCCACUGAUCAGAACACCGCACUGAGCUCAUAAAAUGGAAUUUUGUGCCUCCCUUCUGGCCCGAUCAAGUCUGAAGACCUGGAGGACUUCUUUAUGUGAAGCAGUCGCCUUCUCUGGACGUAGUGGAGUGUUUGCGAUCAACAAAUGCUUGGGUAAACAGGACUCAAGGAAGUUGUUCUGUUUUUUUCUACUGUCAUUUUGUCUUCAGUUGUCAUUUUUGUUAUUUUAAAACGUGUAUAUAUUAUAAAUAUAUUUUGUUAUUGCUCCUAUUUCUGACCUGUUUGAUUGAAAGUCUUUUUAAAGCUCUGUAAGCAAAUCAUUUUGUUUCUCAUUCCUUGCAUAACAGUCUAGAAACAAGUAAACUGUGUUUACAUAAACGUCUAAAGUUUCAAUGAUUUCAACCUUCAGAUUCCUUUGGACUCGCUGAAGUCCUACUAGUUUGGCAGAGUAGAGAUAUACAGUAUAUUCGAUAAAAAGAUGAGUAAAUGUUCCAGUAAAUCUCAAUGGACCAAAUAGUUUAGAUGCUGUUAAAAAGAUCUUUUCAAUAGGGCGAUAAACUCGGUUAAAAGAUCAACAAAACAGGGACUAAAUUCAUUAAACAGAACUGAUGUUACGGUCCAAUUUCAUCAAACUACUGCAGAGCUCAUGUACUGUUUGUAAAUAGAUGUAGGGAAGAAUGUUGUUGCUCCUGGGGUUUGGACUGCUGAGGGGAAUUACGGCUGCCCCUGUUUCUGCCUCGACUGCAGUGCCUGCGGAGAUGCGUCUGCGUUUUACUUCAAUGUUAGUUACACUGAAACCGUUCUGUUGUGUCUUGUUUGUUUUGCGCAUGUCUUUGUAUGUGGUGAAGCGAAGGUUAUUUUGUUUUAAUAAAACGCCAAAAUGUGUUGUUUCAGCCUAAUCCCCUUUGGCUUAUAAAUAUUUUUCAUUGGGUUUCAUUUUUUUGGAAGGCUCCAGUGCAACGUCAUUCAGGCGUUAUUGUCUUGGUUUUAAUGUACAUAGUUUUUCCUGUUUACAUGUCGUUUAAUGUGGCUGACAUGACUUUUACAUUUAAGAACACACGUGCUACAUGAAUGACAGACAUACACCAGCCACAAUAACUUGACUAAUAUUACAAUCCCCUCUUCCAUACUUUGAUGAGUAAGUUUUGAUUGUGACUUGGCUCGUGUUUUGUUUUUGCAUCACAUCCUAUAGUUAAAUUACAUCAUUUAAUUUUCCUUUGCAUUUGUCUCCCGAGAACCAGCAAAACGGCUUUGAUAUUUAGCAUUUUUACUUAAAUGAAGGUUGUGGUUGAAAUAAAAUUUAUAUUUUUUAUUUUCUCCUUUAGUGGAUAUCAGGUCUUGCUUGAUCAUGAAUUGUGCUUAGGCUCUUAAGGAUGUAACCGGUAUACAGUCACAUUUAUUCAGCAAUAAAUGUAUUGUUAAAAUAGCAGUUUAUUCAUCGUUAUGUUGUUUAAAGAUUAGUGUGAGAUAUUUAAGACUUUUGUCAGAACACUGCUGAGCUUCUGCAUUAUUACACUGGUCCAUGCAACUUUACCUGCCUGUUCAUGUGAGGAUUUAUGUUGAGAUAGCACACUGUUAUCAUUAUAGUGUUCAGAUACACAGUGUUUUAUGUUUGAAGUUUCACUCUUUGUAAAUAAGGUACUUGUGAUUUGCAUUUAUUGCUUGCAUUUUUAUACCUUUUUUGGCCAACAAUUCCAAAUAAAGAUAUGUUACAUUCAAUGUCUUGCCAGUUUCUCCAGAACAUGUAUGUUGAUGCAUAUUUUUAGAAUCCAAGCAUAAAAAGUGCAUUUCUUUCCAGGUCAGCCUGA